AUGGCUCACCAGUCCCACAAUCCCCAGCAGCGCCUUGCAGCCACAGGAUACCUGAAGCAGGCCAGCCACAGGAACCCCGGGCGGCUCUCCCAGCCCAGGGCCGCCAUGGACUCUGCCUAUGAGAUGGGCCACAUUCGCAAGCUGCAGGCGCAGCACCUGCGGAUGCAGGAAAAGACUUUCACCAACUGGAUCAACAACAUCUUCCAGCGUGGUCGGGUGGCCCUCAAGAUCCAGAACCUGUACACAGAGCUGGCCGACGGCACCCACCUACUACGGCUGCUAGAGCUCAUCUCGGGUGAGGCCUUGCCACCCCCUAGCCGGGGCCACAUGCGCGUGCACUUCCUAGAGAACAGCAGCCGGGCUCUGGCCUUCCUCAGGGCCAAGGUGCCAGUCCCCCUCAUCGGGCCAGAGAACAUCGUGGAUGGAGACCAGACAUUCAUCCUGGGACUCAUCUGGGUUAUCAUCCUGCGUUUCCAGAUUUCCCACAUCUCCCUGGACAGGGAGGAGCUUGGUGCCAGUGCAGCCCUGUUGUCUGCCAAGGAAGCUCUGCUGGUCUGGUGCCAGCGGAAGACGGCCUGCUACGCCAACGUCAACAUCACCGACUUCUCUCGUAGCUGGAGCGACGGGCUGGGCUUCAAUGCCCUCAUCCACGCCCACAGGCCAGACCUGCUUGACUACGGCUCCCUGCGUCCUGACCGCCCACUGCACAACCUCGACCUUGCUUUCCGCGUGGCUGAGCAGGAGCUGGGCAUUGCUCAGCUGCUGGACCCCGAGGACGUGGCGGCCCUGCAGCCCGAUGAGCGCUGCAUCAUGACCUACGUCUCCCUCUACUACCACCACUUCUCCCGCCUGCACCAGGGGCAGACUGUGCAGAGGAGGCUCGCCAAGGUCCUGCUUCAGCUCCAGGAGACAGACAGACUGCAGACCCAGUACGAGCAGCAGGUGGCUGACCUGCUAUGCUGGAUUGCAGAGAAGCAGAUGCAGCUAAAGGCACGGGAUUUCCCAGACUCCCUACCUGCCAUGCGCCAGCUACUGAUGGCCUUUGCCUCCUUCCGCACCCAGGAGAAGCCACCUCGGCUGCAGCAGCAAGGGGCCACAGAGGCCCUGCUCUUCCGCCUGCAGACAGCACUCCGAGCCCAGAAACGCAGACCCUUCCUGCCUCGCGAGGGCCUGGGCCCUGCGGAGCUGUCCCAGCGCUGGGCGAGCCUGGAGCAGGCAGAGGCCUUGCAGAGCCAGGCCCUGCAGCAGAGACUCCUGCAACUAAACCGGCUAGAAACCCUGGCCCGGCGCUUCCAGCACAAGGCAGCCCUCCGGGAGAGCUUUCUGACAGACACGGAGCAGGUGAUAGACCAGGCUGCAGCCCCACCCGCCAGCCCGGCCGCAAUGGAGGUGGCCGUCCAGAGGCUGGGCAUGCUGGAGGCCAGCAUCCUGUCCCAGGAAGGGCGCUUCCAGGCAUUGGCCGAGAUCGCCGACAUUCUCCAGCAGGAGCAGUACCACAGCUGGGCAGAUGUGGCCGGCAGGCAGUUGGAGAUCACUCGGCGCUGGGAGAGGCUCCUUCAGCAUCUCCAAGGGCAGAGGAAGCGGAUGGCAGGCGUGCAGGCUGGGCUGAGCCUGCUGCAGGAGGUGGAGACUGCCUCCGGCCAGCUCCGGGAGCUGCAGGUGCUGGCCAGCUCCACAGCCUGUGGGGAACGGCUUGCAGAGGUGGUGGAGCUGCUGCAGAGGCACGACCUGCUGGAGGCCCAGGUCUCGGCCCAUGGAGCCCAUGUGAGCCAUCUGGCCCACCAGACCACAGAGCUGCACUCCCCUUCGGUCACUAGUGUGGAGGUACUUCAGGUCAAAGCCCAGGAGCUGACCCAGCUCUACCAGAACCUGGUGUCUCUUGUCAGAAACCGUCGGGCCUUGCUGGAGCAGACCCUGCGCAGAGCGGAGUUCCUGCGAGACUGUGAGGAGGAGGAAGCCUGGUUGACGGAGUGCAGACGGCUGGUGGAAGAUGUGGCCCUGGGCCAGAGACUCAGCCAGAUCGUAACCUCUCUGCAGAAACACAAGGCCCUGGAAGCCGAGAUCCGCCACCACCAAGCUGUGUGCGCUGACCUCCAGUGGAGGGGACGGGACCUGAGCGCUCGCUGGCCUCCAGCGCGGCCGGAUCCCCAGGAGCAGGCUGAGACAGUGCAGGACGCGUGGCAACAGCUCCGUGCCCUGGCGGCGCGGCGGGGCGCACAGCUGCAGGCAGCCCUGCUCAUCCAACAGUACUUCGCAGACGCGGAGGCGGCGGCGUCGUGGCUGCAGGAGCAGCGAUCCGCGCUGCAGGACGCAUCCUGUGGGCUGGACCCAGCGAGCGCCCAGGCCCUGCUGCCGCGCCACCUUCGGCUGGAGCGUGCGCUGCGCGCCUUCGGGGCAGAGCUGCAGCAGCUGGACCAGCAGGCGCGGGCUGCUGCAGCCCGCGCAUCGCUCACGGGGGCAUCUGCCCUGAGCUCCCCAAAGGAAGGCCCAAGGAGCCCGGGGGCCUGGCGUGAGGUUUCUUGCCCCUCCGGCACCCAGAAGGUGGUCCUCCCAGCUGAGCCCAACCCUGUCCUUAACCCCAACGCCAUACUCCAGACACAGGACCGCUUGAGCCAGGACUACGAGAGCCUGCGGGUCCUGGCAGAGCGCCACAGGGCCCGGCUAGAGGAGGCAGUGGCUCUGUUUGGUUUCUACGGCUCCUGUGAGGGGCUCCAGUCCUGGCUGGAGAACCAGACAGCCCAGCUCCUCAUGCUGCAGCCCCGGGCUGACAACUUGGAGAUCAUGCAGCUCAAGUUUGAGAACUUCCUCGCUGCCCUGACUGUGGGAAGAGGUCACUGGGCUGAGGUCAGCAGCUCUGCUGAGAAACUGAAGCAGAGAUAUCCUGGAGACUCCCCCAAAAUCCAGCAACAACAGGAGGAACUGAGCCAGAGGUGGGGGCAGCUGGAGGCCCUGAAGAAAGAGAAGGAAAUGCAGCUGGCGCUCACCGCGGAUGUGUGCAGUUUCCUGCAGGAGUGUGGACCUACACAGGCCCAGAUACAAGACGUGAUACUCCAGCUGGAAGCCCUGGAGCCAGGGCAGUCAGAGGACAGCCGCCGCACCCUGCAGCUGGCCCAGCAGAAGAUGCCAGUGCUGGAGAGGACCGUCCAUUCCUUGCAAACAAUGGCCAUAAAACUCAAGGAGCCGGGCCCCGCAGAGAGCCAGGCCCUGCGCGACCAGGUGGAGAUGCUGCAGGGGCUACUGGAGCGGAUGCAGCAGCAAGUGGCCCAGCAGGCCCAGGCCCAGGCCAGGGAGAGCUUCCUGCAGGAGAGCCGGCGCCUGCUGCAGUGGGCGGAGGACAUCCAGGCUCAGCUGCGCAGUGAGGAGGAGGCAGUGGAUGUGGCCUCAGCCCAGCGGCUGCUGGCGGAGCACUGCGACCUGUUGGAGGACAUCCAUCUGCAGCAAGAGAGGAUGCAGCAGCUGGAGUCUCAGGGCCAGCCCGUGGCAGCCUUGGACGCCCCAGACUCCCCAGAGGUGACCAGUGCUCUGAGGCUCCUGGGCCAGCAGAGCCAGGGCCUGCAGGCUGCCUGGGAGCAGAGACAGCAGUGGCUGCAGGAGGGGCUGGAGCUGCAGAAGUUCGGCCGAGAAGUGGAUGGUUUCUCUGCCAGCUGUGCCAACUCCGAGGCCUUCCUGCAGCUGGGCAGUCUUGGGGAAGAUGUAAGGGAGGCCCAGCGCCUGCUGCAGCAGCACCAGGAGUUUGGGCAGCUCCUGGGCAUCCUGGGCCCUCGGGCAGAGGCUCUGUGGUCGCGUGGCAAGAAGCUGGCGCAGAGCAAACACCCUGCUGCACACACAGUCAGAGAGCAGCUCCAGAGUGUGCAGGCCCAGUGGACCAGGGUCCAGGAGAAGAGUGAUCAGAGGAGGAGGCAGCUGCUGGCUUCCCUCCAGCUCCAGGAAUGGAAGCAGAAUGUGGCUGAACUGAUGCUGUGGAUGGAGGAGAAGGGGCCGAUGGUGAGGGAUGAGCCCUCCCUGGAGCCCAGCAACAUCCUGCAGAAAUUCAAGUGGCACGAAAAGGCUGAGCGCGAGCUGCUGGCCACCCGUGGGCACGUGGAGGGCCUGCAGCAGGUUGGGAGAAAGCUAUUGAGCAGUGAGCCCUGGGCCCAGGAGGACGUGCAGGCCAGGCUUCGGGGCCUGAGUAGCAAAUGGGAAGAGCUGAACCACAAAAUGGCAGAGCAUGGGGAGCAGCUCCGGCAGGCUAGGCAGCAGGACCAGCUCCGGGGGCUACUACAGGACGCCAAGGAGAAGGUAGAGCAGCUGGAGGGCACUCUGCCGGGUGCAGAGAUGGGGCAGGGCCUGGGCUCCAGCAGGAGGCUGCAGAAACGGCACCGCCAGCUGGAGGGUGAGGGCCAGGCACUGGCCUGCCGGGUGGCUGCCCUCGUCUCCCAGGGCCACCAGAUGGCCAAUGCACAGCCCAUCGUGGAGGAGGCCCAAAAGUGCCUCCAGAGGUUAAAGUCCCUGCAAGGACAUCUGGCUACCAGGCGCCUGCAGCUACAGGCCUCAGUUGAGUUUUACCAGUUCUACCACCUGACCACCGCGGAGCUCACGUGGAUAGCUGAGCACAUGCCCAGUGUAAGCUCUGCUGGCUCCACCAAGUGCUUGGGUGAUGCCUGGAGCCUUUGCCACAAGCACAAGAAUCUCCAAGCGGAGGUGAAAGCCCACCAGGGCUGGGUGCUGCAGGUGUUGGCUUCCGGCCGAAGCCUAGCAGCCUCAGGGCACCCCCAGGCUCAGCACAUUGGGGAGCAGUGCCGGGAGCUGGAAGGCCGCUGGGCGGAGCUGGAGCAGGCGUGCAAGGCACAAGCCCAGUGCCUGCAGCAGGCUGUCUCUCUCCAGCAGUAUUUUCUAGAUGUGUCAGAGCUUGAGGACAGGGUGGCGGAGAAGUGGCCGCUGGUGAGCAGUCAGGACUACGGUGGAGAUGAGGCGGCCACGAGCAGGCUCAUCGAGAAGCACCAGGCCCUGCAACAGGAACUAGCGCUUUGCUGGAGCACCAUGGAGAAGCUUGACCAGACGGCCCAGAUCCUCAGUGACCCUGAGGCCCCUGAGCAGCUGGGCGUGGUGCAGGAGAGGGUCUGGGAGCGGCUUCGGGCGCUGCAGGAGUUGGCAGCCACACGGGACCGGGAGCUAGAGGGGACCCUGAAGCUACAUGAGUUCAUGAGGGAAGCCGAGGAGCUGCAGAGCUGGCUGGCCAGCCAGACGCAGGAGGCCAGGGAAGGAGAGCACCUCGGAGAGGACCACGAGCAUGUCCUGCGCCUCUGCAUCAAGUUUGCAAAGUUUCGGCAUCAAAUGGAGAUGGGCCACCAGCGGGUGGCAACCUGCCAGCAACUGGUGGCGAUCCUGCUGGAAUGUGGCCACAGCGCUGCCCCCAAGGCCCAGCAGACACAGCAGGAUCUGCAGGCUGCCUGGUUGGAGCUGCUGGAGCUGACCCGGGCCCGAGGCCAGCUGCUCCAAGAUGCCGAGGUCACUCUCAAAGUUCACAGAGAUUUGUUGGAAACCCUCACCCAGGUCCAGGAGAAAACCACAAGCCUCCCCAGUGACGUGGCCCAGGACCUGCGUGGGCUGGAGGCCCAGCUGAAGAGACACGAGGGGCUAGAGUGUGAACUUGCAGGCACUGAGUGGCAGCUGCAGGAACUGCUGGAGGCUGCAGGCAUGGUGCAGAAGCUGGGUCCAGGGCCUCAGGCCCGGGCAGUGCAGCAGAGGCAGCAGGCUCUGGUGCAGGCCUGGGAGGCCCUGAAGCUAUGCAUGGAGCAGCGCAGGGCCCAGCUGGAGCAGGCAUGCCUCCUGGCCCAUUUCCACGCAGAGGUGCAAAACUACACAUCCUGGGCGGACAGUGUGUGGCAGGAGCUGCAGGUAGAGGAGAGCUCCCAGGAGGCCAACAGUGGCCCCGUAAAGCUCAACGCCCACCAACAGCUUCGGGCAGAGCUAGAGGCCCAGGAGGAGCUACACCAGCGGGCUGCCCAGCUGGGCCAACAGGCACUUCAGGCUACAGGGACACCCACCAAGGAGGUCCAGGAAGGGCUGCGAGCCCUGCAGGACAAGCGGGAGCAGGUAUUCCAGGCCUGGGAGCAGAAGCGAGCGAAGCUGCAGGCCAUGCACCAGGAGCAGCUCUUCCUCAGAAAGUGUGACCACCUGGACAGGAUCCUCACCGCCCAGGAGCUGACCCUGAAAACCAGUGUCCUGGGGAGCUCGGUGGAAGAGGUGGGGCAGUUGAUCCGCAAACAUGAGACCUUCCAGAAGGUGCUGACUGCCCAGGAUGAGAAGGAGGCAGCUCUGUGUGAGUGGGCAGAGACCCUCUGGGGCCCCAGAGUGCAGGACCGGCUCCACGCAGUGCUGGAGCGUCGGGCUCAAGUGAAGGAGCUGGCCAAGACCCGGAGACAGGCCCUGCACGCCUCCCUCCUGAUGGCUGGCUUCACCGGGGUCAUGACCCAGGCCGAGGACUGGAUCCAGGAGCGGGUCCAGCAGCUGGGAGAGCCACUGCCUCCUGGGGAUCUAAAAGAUAAGCUGAGGCACCUCCAGAGGCACCAGGCCUUCCAGGCUGAGGUCCAGGCCCAUGAGGAGGUCAUCAUUUCUGUCGUCAAGGAGGGCGAGACUCUCUUAGCCCAGAGCCACCCUCAGGCAGGAGAGGUCUCCCAGAGGCUGCGGGAGCUGCAGCAGCGCUGGGAGAGACUGAGGCAGGCGGUGGCCCUCCAGGGCCAGGCCCUGGAGGACAUGCAGAGCUUCCUGGAGUUCAUGCAGAGAGUGGACCUUUGCGAGGCCUGGAUCCAGGACGUGGAGGUGAUGGUGAACAUCGGUGACCUGGGACAGGACCGUGAGCACUGCCUGCAGCUCCUCAAACGGCUCCGGGAGUUCCGAGGAGUCUGGGCAGGGGACACAGUGGAUGACACCCACAUCCGGAGCAUCAAUGACUUGUCACUGCAUCUCAAGACCCGGGACCCUGAGCAAGUCAGGACCAUCUGCCAGAGGCGUCACCAGCUCAACAACAGGUGGCACAGUUUCCGUGGCAACCUGCUCCAGUACCGGCGGCAGCUUGAAGGUGCCCUGGAGAUACACACGUUGUCCUGUGAGCUGGAUACUGUCACUGAGCGGAUCAGGGAGAAGGCCGCCCAGGCCGAGGCCCUGGACUGCGGAAAGGAUCUGGAGAGCGUGCAGAGGCUGCUGUGGAAGCACGAGAAGUUGGAGCAGGAAGUGGGCCUCAUCCAGGCCCGGGUGGAGUCCCUAGACAGUGAGGUGGGCCACCUCUGCCAGAGAAGUCCCCGGGCAGCCCACAGCCUCAGCUGCAAGCAGCAGGAGAUGAUGGACAGCUGGUGGCAGCUCCGGAGCAGGGCCCAGAAGUGGAGGGAGUCCCUGGAUGCCUCACACCAAGCUCAGAAGCUGCAGGCAAUGCUGCAGGACCUGCUGGUCUGGGCCCGGAGGUUGCGGGCUGAGAUGGGCGCCCGAAGUGCCCCCCGCAGCCCCGCAGAGGCCCGGCGCCUGUUGGAGGAGCACCAGGAGCGAAGGGCUGAGCUGGACUCCCGAACGGACAGUGUAAGCCUGGCCCUGAGCACAGGGCAGCGGCUGCUUCUAGCUGGGCACCUGUCCAACCCUGACCUCCGCCAGGCCCUGGCUGGCUUAGACCAGGAGCUGAACAGCCUGGAAGGGACCUGGCAGGAGCGCCAGCUUCAGCUGCAGCAGGCUUUGGAGCUACAGUUGUUUCUGAGCUCUGUGGAGCAGAUGGAAAGUUGGCUCUGCGGCCAGGAAGCGUGCUCCGCCAGCGAGGGUCUGGGGGACCCCUCGGCCAAUGUGGAGACUCUCCUGUGGAAGCACGAGGUGCUGGAGCGGGGCCUGGAGGCACAGGCAGAAAAGAUCAGCGCGCUAGAAGCCACAGCCCGCAGCCUGUGCCACAGUGGGUGCCCCGAGGCCCAGAGCACCCUAGGCCGGUGCCGGGCCAUGCUCCUCAGGAAAGAGGCCCUCCUGCAGCGAGCCCGGACCCGUCGUCACCAGCUGCAGGAGCUCGGGCAGCUGCAGCCUUUCCUGCAGGACUCCUACGAGAUGGCCACCUGGCUCAGAGAGAAGAACCUGGUGGCCCUGGAAGAGGGCUGGCGGGACCCCGCCACCCUGCAGGCACAGCUGCGGAAGCAAGAAGCUCUCCAGGCCGAGCUGCACGCAAGCGUGCGCCAGCAACAAAGGCUGCGGAUGGAGGGCCAGAGGCUGCGGCAGGGGGGCCACCCGGCUUCGGAGACCAUCCAGGAGCGCUUGCAGGAGCUGGGGGACCUCUGGGACAAGCUACAGGCCAACUGCCAGAGGAAGGCAGCCAAGCUACAGGAGGCCUGUGAGGCCCUGUGCCUACGGAGGAGGGUGGAGGAACUAGAGAGCUGGCUGGAGCCUGUGGAAGUGGAGCUGAGGGCUCCCAUCAGGGACCAGGACCAGCCUGGCCUGGAGGAGCUCCUGGGGGCUCAGGGAGAGCUGGAGGAAGCGGUGGGCCGGCAGGCCAGGCAGGCCCAGGCCCUGCUGGGCCAGGCCCGGGCCUUUACACAGAAAGGCUGCUGCCUCUCCCGAGAUGUGGAGGAGCGGGCCCAGCGGCUGCUUCAGAGGUUUGAGAGCCUGCGGGAGCCACUGCAGGAGCGCAGGGCCGCCCUGGAGGCCCAGAGCCUGCUCUGGCAGUUCUCCAGGGCUGCUGAGGAGGAGAUGGCCUGGGUGCAGGAGAAGCUGCCCCUGGUAGACGCCCCGGACGAUGGCCAGAGCCUGAGCACCCUGUGGCGCCUGCAGGAGAAGCACCAGAACCUGGAGAUUGAGAUGAGCAGCCACGAGGCUCUGAUCCAGGCAGUGGCAGGCACAGGGCACAAGCUGGUGCAGGCUGGGCACUUUGCUGCCCAUGAGGCGGCUGCCCAGGUACAGCAGCUGCAGAAUGCCAUGGGCCGCCUGCGGGCAGGGGCCGCGCGGAGGCGGCAGCGGCUGCAGCAGGCUCAGGAAGCCCAGCAGUUCCUGACGGAGCUCCUGGAGGCAGAAUCCUGGCUGGCGGAACAGGGCUGUGUCCUGGACAUCGAGGACAUGGGCCAGAGUGCCGAGGCCACACAGGCCUUUCUGCGGCGGCUGGAGGCCACCAGGAGAGACCUGGAGGGGUUCAGCGGGCGCAUCCAGAGACAUCAGCAGACAGCAGACCUCCUGGAGAGCAGACAGAACCCAGAAAGCCCCAAGGUGCUGGCCCGGAUGCAGGCCCUGAAGGAGGCGCACGCAGGGCUGCUGCAGAGAGCGGAGGACAGGGGGCAACGCCUGCGGGAGCAGCUGCAGCUCCACCAGCUGGAGCGAGAGGCCCUGCUCCUGGAUGCCUGGCUGGCCAGCAAGGUGGCCACUGCUGAGUCUCAGGACUGCGGACAGGACCUGGAGGCCAUCAAGGUGCUGGAAGAGAAGUUCGAUGCUUUCAGAGAGGAAGUCCAGAGACUGGGGCAGGCCAAGGUGCAGGCCCUGAGGGAGCUGGCAGGCAACCUGGAACGGGCAGCGCCCAGGUGCUGUCCCCAGAUUCAAGCCCAGAGGAGUCGCAUAGAGGCCGCUUGGGAGAGACUGGACAGGGCAAUAAAAGCCCGCACAGAGAGCCUGGCUGUGGCCCGGGAGGCCUGUGGCUUUGAGCAGGCGGUGGCUGAGCUCCGGGGCCAGAUGCAGGAGAAGACCAACCUGAUGUCAAGAGACACCUGUGACCACAGCCUGUCAUCGGUACAGACCCUGCAGCAACAGCACAGGCGCCUGGAGAGGGAAUUGGCAGCUAUGGAGGAGCAGGUGGCACAGGUGCGGAUGGAGGCCUGCCAGCUGGGCCUGCUACAACCUUCGGCUCAGGAAAGCCUGGCCCAGCAACUGGCCGAGGUGCAGGAGGCCUGGGCCACACUGGCUGCGAAGGCCUGGGAGCGGGGCCGGCAGCUGGCGCAGGCUGCCCAGGGCCACGCCUUCCUCGGACGCUGCCGGGAACUGCUAGCGUGGGCUCAGGAAACGCAGGCGCUCUUGUCCUCAGCGGAGCUGGCCGUGGACCUGGCAGGGGCCGAGCGGCUCCUGGAGCAGCAGGAGGAGCUGGGGCGAGAAAUCAAGGAGCGCUGCCUUCAAGCCCAGAAUGUGCAGCAGGAGGGGCGGCAGCUGGUAGACAGUGGCCACUUCAUGUUCCUGGAGGUGACAGAGUGUCUGCAGGAGCUGGAAAGGCGGCUGCGGGCCCUGGAGGAGGCCUGGGCCCUGCGCCGGGGACGCUGCGAGGAGAGCCGGGGCCUGCAGACACUGCAGCAGGGGCUGGAGCAGGCUGAGGCCUGGCUGGCCUCCCGGGAGGGCCUCCUGCUGGACCCCGACUGCGGGCACUCCGUGUCGGAGGUGGAGCUGCUGCUCCACAGACACCAGGACUUAGAAAAGCUGCUGGCGGCCCAGGAGGAGAAGCUUGUCCAGCUGCAGUGGAAGACGGGGAUGGAACAGACGCUAGUGUAGCAGGUAAAGGGGCUAAAACCCGGAAGGGGCCGUGGGCUAACCUCCCCCCGGCACAGGUCCCUUGGAAGCUGGUGGCCAGGCGCACAGCUGGCUGACACAGGGGACCUAGGGCCAGGCGUCCCGGUCGGGCAGCACGCACCCUUAGCCACCACUGUCUCCCUGGGGCAGCAGCCAGGCAGGCAGCAGCGGCCCCCGUCGGUCGGCCACGGGGGUGAGGGCCACACCCUGGAGCCAGCGCUGAGGGCGGGGCCAGGGGCUAACGUGGCUUCCACAGCCACCCUUGACCUCAUGGGAGCCCCGUUUGAGAGGCCAAGGGACCGCCAUGGCAGGAAACAUACUUUCCCCUUAAGGCUGAGCAGCGGGGAGGAGGUCCUGUUGGCAGCACCCUCUAAAGAGCAGGCUGAGAGCUGGCAUGGAGCCCCCAGCGGCGCGGCAGCCCACAGUCUAAGCCCAGAGCUCAGAGCCAGACCUCUGGACGUCCUGGCUGAGUGCGCUGGUGAGGAGGUGCCCAGCACGGCCACUGCACUCAGUUUCCAUGGCUGUCCCUCCCCCUCCCCGCUGAGGGAGACGCACGCGUGUGCUGGCGGCCACCCACAGCCCCCAGAGCUCCCGCAGGCAGCUGGCCCCGCAGAGGAAGCUGUGCCAGGCUCCCACCGCCUCUCCUGCUCAGGCCAGAGCCAAGGUGAGGGGCCCGAGCCCUGAAGCAAGCUCCGAGGGACCGCCAACCUCAGGGCUACAAGUGAGGACACCCUCUAGGGGACCAGGACAAGACUCAGCUACCCGGGCCCCACUGACUUCAGGAACAGGCAGUUCCUUGUGAAGAAACAGACGUCCCCACCCCCCACCAAGGUCAGAGCUUGGUGAAUCUGCGCCACUAGUCUCUUCCUUUGGCUCACCUGGUCCCAGCUCUGGCCACCCCUCCUGUGGGACAGGAAGCAGCCCUUUGAUUGAGACCCUGGCCACACCCCGAAGGUCCCUGACCAGGUGAGGACAGGGGUGCUAGCUACCACUACCUGCAAGCCGGCUCACCUGGGCAGGGCCGGGACUGCAACAGCGGACACCCCCGGCCGCCCCCCGUCCAGGCCUCACUGGCCUCCUGUCUACUUUGCUGGGAGCAGAGGACCCACAUUUCAGGGGAAGCCCAUGCUGACUCGUUAGCUCCGAGGGGCGGCUGGGGGGACAUUUUGUUUCUUAAACCAUUCCUUGCCCUUUGUACCCAAGAGCCUGGAAUAAAAUGUCCCUUC